AUGUUUUCAACGGUAUACACUGCCCAGACUGUGCCAACGACUGCAGGCGGGUAUGAGGAGCAGGCGUUAAGAUUGGCCCGGAAGUGGGAGUGGGGAGAGGGGGGAGUGGGGAAGGGGAGAGUGGGGAGAGGGGGGAGUGGGGAAGGGGAGAGUGGGGAAGGGGAGAGUGGGGAAGGGGAGAGUGGGGAAGGGGAGAGUGGGGAAGGGGAGAGUGGGGAGAGUGGGGAAGGGGAGAGUGGGGAAGGGGAGAGUGGGGAAGGGGAGAGUGGGGAAGGGAGAGUGGGGAAGGGGAGAGUGGGGAAGGGGAGAGUGGGGAAGGGGAGAGUGGGGAAGGGGAGAGUGGGGAAGGGGAGAGUGGGGAAGGGGAGAGUGGGGAAGGGGAGAGUGGGGAAGGGGAGAGUGGGGAAGGGGAGAGUGGGGAAGGGGAGAGUGGGGAAGGGGAGAGUGGGGAAGGGGAGAGUGGGGAAGGGGAGAGUGGGGAAGGGGAGAGUGGGGAAGGGGAGAGUGGGGAAGGGGAGAGUGGGGAAGGGGAGAGUGGGAGAGGGGAGAGUGGGAGAGGGGAGAGUGGGAGAGGGGAGAGGGGAGUGGGAGAGGGGGAGUGGGGAGAGUGGGAGUGGGGAGAGUGGGAGUGGGGAGAGUGGGAGUGGGGAGAGUGGGAGUGGGGAGAGUGGGAGUGGGGAGAGUGGGAGUGGGGAGAGUGGGAGUGGGGAGAGUGGGAGUGGGGAGAGUGGGAGUGGGGAGAGUGGGAGUGGGGAGAGUGGGAGUGGGGAGAGUGGGAGUGGGGAGAGUGGGAGUGGGGAGAGUGGGAGUGGGGAGAGUGGGAGUGGGGAGAGUGGGAGUGGGGAGAGUGGGAGUGGGGAGAGUGGGAGUGGGGAGAGUGGGAGUGGGGAGAGUGGGAGUGGGGAGAGUGGGAGUGGGGAGAGUGGGAGUGGGGAGAGUGGGAGUGGGGAGAGUGGGAGUGGGGAGAGUGGGAGUGGGGAGAGUGGGAGUGGGGAGAGUGGGAGUGGGGAGAGUGGGAGUGGGGAGAGUGGGAGUGGGGAGAGUGGGAGUGGGGAGAGUGGGAGUGGGGAGAGUGGGAGUGGGGAGAUGGGAGUGGAGACGGAGAGUGGGAGACGGGAGAGUGGGAGUGGGGAGAGUGGGAGACGGGAGAGUGGGAGACGGGAGAGUGGGAGUGGGGAGAGUGGGAGACGGGAGAGUGGAGACGGGAGAGUGGGAGACGGGAGAGUGGGAGACGGGAGAGUGGGAGACGGAAGAGUGGGAGACGGAAGAGUGGGAGACGGAAGAGUGGGAGACGGAAGAGUGGGAGACGGAAGAGUGGGAGACGGAAGAGUGGGAGACGGAAGAGUGGGAGACGGAAGAGUGGGAGACGGAAGAGUGGGAGACGGAAGAGUGGGAGACGGAAGAGUGGGAGACGGAAGAGUGGGAGACGGAAGAGUGGGAGACGGAAGAGUGGGAGACGGAAGAGUGGGGAGAGAGGCGAUGGUGGGGAGAGGGGAUAGUGGGGUAGUGGGGCAAUACACGAAUGGGAGUGUGGAGAGGAGACAGACAGCAGGGCGAGUGAGAAGAGAGUGGGGCGAGUGA